UUGUCAUCCCCUUUACCAUUUUCCUUCCCGCAGCAGCAGCCCGCUAUAACUAAAUUUCUUCUUUCUCUCAUAUCUUCUACCACCUAAAGAUCAACAUAACACCAGUUGAAUUAAAUUUAUUGAUUGAUUAGCUUAAUCAAUUAUUUAAUCUCCUUAUUAAAAAUAUAUUCCCAAACGUGAAUCUCACAUCUCCAUACUUUAAUUUAUUAUCUCCCCACAUCACAUCUCUGAGAGCUGAGAAGAAGAAGAUAAAUAGAGAUUGAUUACUUAAUUGGGUUGUUUGGUUUUACUUUUUCAAAAAAACCCAGAGAUUUCUUUAAUUCAAUUUAAGUCUACUUGGUUCAGAUAUAAAAGUUAUCUCGAUCUAGGGUUCUCUUUCAAUUUUUGAAAAAGUUGACAUCUUUUUUCGAUCUUUCUUCUAAAAAAGAUGAAACAGAAAUUAUUAGGUUUUUUGAUAAUAUGGGUAUGUUUAAUUUUGUGUAUCAAUACUCCUGUGAUGGGUAGAUUUGUAGUGGAGAAGAAUAGUUUAAGAGUAACAUCACCAGAUUCAAUCAAAGAUGUAUAUGAAUGUGCUAUUGGUAAUUUUGGUGUUCCUCAAUAUGGCGGUACUCUAGUUGGUACUGUCCUCUACCCUAAAUCAGAUCAGAAAGCUUGUAAGGAUUACAAAGAAGUUGAUUUGAAUUUCAAAUCUAAACCUGGUGGUCUCCCUACUUUCCUCCUUGUUGACAGAGGAGAUUGUUACUUUACAUUGAAGGCAUGGAAUGCGCAAAAGGCUGGAGCGGCGGCGGUACUUGUAUCUGAUGAUAAGCUUGAGCCAUUGAUUACUAUGGAUACGCCUGAAGAGGAGAAUGCGAGUGCUGAAUACCUGCAGAAUAUUACUAUCCCGUCUGCGUUGAUUAGUAAAUCACUUGGGGAUAGUAUUAAGAAGGCUUUGGCGAGUGGUGACAUGGUUAAUAUUAAUUUGGAUUGGAGGGAGGCGUUACCUCACCCUGAUGAGCAUGUUGAGUACGAGUUUUGGACUAACAGUAACGAUGAAUGUGGGCCAAAGUGUGACAGUCAGAUUGAGUUUGUUAAGAACUUUAAAGGGGCAGCUCAGAUACUUGAGCAGAAAGGUUACACUCAGUUCACUCCACACUACAUCACUUGGUACUGUCCGGAAGCUUUUGUGUUGAGCAGGCAGUGCAAAUCUCAGUGUAUCAAUCAUGGGAGGUAUUGUGCUCCAGACCCAGAACAGGAUUUCAGUACUGGGUAUGAUGGGAAGGAUGUCGUUGUUCAGAACUUACGACAGGUUUGCUUGCAUAAAGUUGCUAAUGAAAGUGGAAAACCGUGGUUAUGGUGGGAUUAUGUAACUGACUUCUCUAUCCGAUGCCCGAUGAAAGAUAAGAAGUAUACAAAGGAGUGUGCAGAUCAAGUCAUUAAAUCUCUGGGUGUUGACCUCAAGAAAAUAGAUGCAUGUAUUGGAGAUCCUGAAGCUGAUGUGGAGAACCCAGUGUUGAAGGCAGAACAAGACGCGCAGAUUGGAAAAGGUUCCCGAGGAGAUGUUACUAUCUUACCCACACUUGUGAUAAACGAUAGACAAUACAGAGGUAAAUUGGACAAAGGGGCUGUUCUCAAAGCCAUAUGUUCUGGAUUCCAGGAGACCACCGAGCCAGCUGUUUGUCUAAGUGAUGGAAUAGAAACAAAUGAGUGCCUAGAAAAUAAUGGUGGGUGUUGGCAAGACAAGGCUGCUAAUGCUACUGCAUGCAAGGAUACUUUCCGAGGAAGAGUGUGUGAAUGCCCUGUUGUCCAAGGUGUGAAGUUUGUGGGCGAUGGUUAUACCCAUUGUGAAGCUUCAGGACAUCUGCGUUGUGAGAUUAAUAAUGGUGGCUGCUGGAAGCAAACAAAAGAUGGCAAAACUUUCUCUGCCUGCUCAGAAGAACAUUCGACAGGUUGCAAGUGCCCACCAGGAUUCAAGGGUGAUGGUGUCCAAACAUGUGAAGAUGUGGAUGAAUGCAGGGAGAAUUCUGUGUGCCAAUGCACUGACUGCAAAUGCAAGAAUACUUGGGGAAGUUACGAUUGCAGCUGCGGUGGUAAUUUGCUGUACAUGCGAGAACACGACACUUGUAUAAGCCAAAGUGGAAAAUCUUCAGUUGGUUGGAACUUUGUGUGGGUCAUUUUCCUCGGCUUAGCUAUCACAGGGGUUGCAGGGUAUGCUGUGUACAAAUACAGAAUCAGGAGAUACAUGGACUCAGAGAUCCGAGCAAUCAUGGCACAGUACAUGCCAUUGGAUAACCAGGGUGAAUCUCAGAACCACGUUGCUCACGCAGACAUCUAAUGCAGGAGGGACGCUGAUUAAAUCAAAAAAACAAAAACAGAUAAAGCAAAGCAGAGAAAGAAAAAGAAGCAGAGAACAAAGAACGCGAAAGAAGAGAAUUGAAAUAUACAAUGCAGUACACAGUUCACUCUUUACACCCCCAUUCAAGUUCUAGAAAACAGAAGGUCAGCUGGAGUCAUGUUACCAAUACUACAACAUGUGUAUGUACGUAUGAACGGUGUUGUUGGUCUGAUCGUGUAUAAUCUCUUUUUGGAUCUUUCAAUACAGACUAAAUCUAGGUUAGAAACAUUUUACAUUUUUUUGGUUUCUUUGUUAUGCUUGUUACGCUCUCAAUGUGAUGAUAAAUUAUGGUUUUGCUACAAAUAUAAAUGGAAGUAGUACUAGACAGUA